AGCUAUACGAGAGACAGACUGAUAAGCAGGUAUUUCACCCAGCUAAACAUGAGAUUCAUCUUAAAUUCACAAUCAGAAGGUGCAUCAUUUUCUAAACGAAGAAGUAUUUUCUUCAAACAUGGGUGGAACGUUGAUGUAAACCGGACUUUUAUGGAAAUUUACGUCAUAUAGCGGAUCAAGGAUGACAAAGAGAAAAGGAUACCGGGGCUGGAGAUGGAUGGCUCUUUGGUGGCAUCAUUUUUCCCUUUUGUGGAGUACAAUAGACGCACUGAAUCGUUACAGCAUCCCGGAGGAACUAAAAGAGGGAUCGAUGGUUGGAAAUCUUGCCAAAGAUCUAGGUUUGGGAUUAUCAGACGUUUUUGACCGUAAAAUGCGCCUCGCCUCUGAUGCUGGUGAGCAGUAUUUCAGCGUGGAUGUGGGGAAGGGCGAGCUGAUCGUGAAUGACAGAAUAGACAGAGAGGCUUUAUGUGGACAAAGAGACAGCUGCGUGCUACCUUUGCAAGUAGUUGUUGAAAAUCCUCUGCAAUCUCAUCGGAUUGAAGUUGAAAUAAGAGACAUCAAUGACAAUUCUCCGAGUUUUCCUUCGCAGGAAAUUAACCUUAAAAUACCUGAAUCUGUUGUUGUCGGAAAACGUUUUCCGUUAGAAAACGCCGAGGACUCUGAUGUUGGAGGCAAUUCUUUAAAGUCAUACUCCCUGAGCAAAAACGAUUAUUUUUCUUUAAAGUUUAAAGAAACAAAGAAUGGUAAGGCUGUCCCAGAAUUGGUAUUAGAGAAGCCAUUAGACAGAGAAAAUAAUCCUUUACAUCAGUUGUCACUUAAGGCAUUAGAUGGAGGAACUCCUCCUAGAUCAGGAACUUGUAAAAUUACAGUCACAGUUCUUGACAAUAACGACAAUUUUCCAGUUUUCAGUGAAAAUGAAUACAAGAUUUCUUUAAAAGAGAACAGCACUACAGGGACGUUUGUUAUCAAAUUGACAGCCACAGAUGCUGAUGAUGGUCUUAAUGGUGAAGUAAAAUAUUUAUUUGGGUCUCGUACUCCAGAGUUUGUCUUAUCAACAUUUGAAAUCAACGAUAAAAGUGGGGAAAUGUUGUUAAGAGGGCCUCUUGAUUAUGAGACAACUAAAUCAUACCUUAUCGAUAUAACCGCUAAAGACAAAGGGACUCCGGAAAUGGAGGGACACUGUCGUGUGCAGAUUGAUAUAGAGGAUAUAAAUGAUAAUGCUCCCGAAAUUGUGCUCACUUCUAAGCCCAGCCCCGUUCGUGAGGACGCACCCAGUGGAACAGUGGUAGCUUUGAUCAGUGCGAGAGACAUUGACUCGGGUAAUAAUGGAAAAGUGGUGUUACAUCUUCCAAAUGGUUUCCCUUUUACUCUGAAACCUUCGUUUUCUAAUAACUAUGAACUGCUCACCAACGGCCCACUAGACCGAGAAAAAAUCUCACUCUAUGAUAUCGAAAUAAAAGCCUUUGAUUCAGGUUCUCCCCGCCUAUUUAGCAGUAAAAUCAUACCUGUCAGCAUCACUGAUGUAAAUGACAACCCUCCUGUUUUUACUCAGUCCUCCUAUAAUGUAUAUUUAAAAGAGAACGGAUUACCAGGAUCUAUACUUUACUCAGUGUCAGCAUCUGAUCUGGAUUCUGGUGAAAACGCAAAGAUCUCUUACUCCAUACUGGACUCUAAAGUGCAGGACGUCUCUGUCUCAUCUUAUGUUUACAUUAACUCAGAUAACGGAAGCAUCUACAGCAUGCACUCGUUUGACUAUGAGAAGCUGAAGGUGUUUCAGAUUCAGGUUCAGGCAAAGGACCAGGGCUCUCCCUCUCUCAGCAGCAACGCCACUGUCCAUGUUUUUAUCCGGGACCAGAACGAUAAUGCCCCCGCUGUUAUUUACCCCUCCUCCGCUGCCCUGGGCUCCCUCUCUCAUCAGAGGAUGCCCCGCUCCGCUAAGGCUGGUCACCUGGUUACUAAGGUGACGGCUGUGGACGCUGACUCGGGCCAUAACGCCUGGAUCUCUUACAGACUGGCGGAGGCCACAGACGCCUCUCUGUUCACCGUCAAUCAGUACACAGGGGAGGUGAGGACUAAACGCGCUGUGUCCGAGCAGGACGACUCCUCUCAGAGGCUGCUGGUAGAGAUCAAGGAUGACGGGGAACCGGCUCAGUCCACCACCGUCACGGUGUCCAUCCUACUGGAGGACGGUCUCCAUGAGCCCAUCUUAGACCUCCGACACAAACUGUCCGAGCCCAGCAAGAAAACUGGCAGAAUCACCCUUUAUUUGAUCCUGUCUCUGGCCUCGGUGUCCGUGCUGUCUCUGGUGACUUUUCUCAUCUUAGCGGUGAAAUGCAUCAGGAGCAGCAGAAACGGGAGCUGCUGCAUGAGACGGAGCGACUGUGAUGAUUACAAGAACCCCAACAGAAACCUGCAGAUUCAGCUCAACACUGAUGGACCUAUAAAGUACGUGGAGGUCCUGGGAGGAGACAUGAUGUCUCAGAGUCAGUCCUUCAGGUCCUGCAUGUCUCCAAUGUCAGAGUACAGUGAUUUCACUUUGAUCAAACCCAGCAGCACCACAGACUUUAGAGAAGUCAUCAGUGUUCUGGAUGCGUCUUUACCCGACAGCACCUGGACCUUUGAGAGCCAGCAGGUGAGCCAAAAAUGA